CACACUUCCUGCGCACGUGUAAUCCACAUUAAUUUGCGUUGUGUUCCUAGGUAGCUUCUACUUUGAAAAGCGUAUUAUUAUUUACUUAUUAAUGUGUUGAUUUUCGUAUUGGAACGUCGACGCGAAGCUGCACGGCCAUCUGAUCUGUCUGGAUACGUGAGGUGGGGAGGAUGAACAUCGAGGAGAAUAAAGUGAAGGAGGAUAUGGCUGAUGAUGAUGAAGAAUCUGGAGAAAUGCCCAAGAUUGAGAAUGACGAUGAAGAACUAAAUGAUGAGGAACUUAAAGUAGAGGCUGAAGGUGAUCCCAAAGAGAAAAAGGUGCCAGUAGGCAAGACGUGUCUGCCAGGAAUAGUGUAUUUAGGUCAUAUACCACCAAGACUGAGACCCAAGAAUAUGCGCAGCAUGCUGAGUCUGUAUGGGGAGAUUGGAAGGAUAUUCCUACAGCCUGAAGACCGGUCUGUGAAGAGGAAGAAAAAGAAAGCUGGCACCAAGGCAUGCAGUUUCACUGAGGGCUGGGUGGAGUUCAGGGACAAGAGAGUGGCCAAGAGAGUGGCAGCUAGCCUCCACAACACACCGAUGGGUGCCCGGAAAAGGAGCCGCUUUGUCAGUGACCUCUGGAACAUCAAGUACCUCCACAGGUUCCAGUGGUGUCACUUGAGUGAGCGACUGGCCUAUGAGAUGACUGUGCUCCAGCAGCGCCUCAGAACUGAGAUCUCUCAGGCCAAACGAGAGACCAACUUCUACCUGGCCAAUGUGGAGAAGAGCCAGAACAUGGACAAACUGAGGAAGAAGAGGGAGAGGAAGGGUGAGAAGAUAGAGGAGAAGACUUGGAACUUCACCCAGCGAUGUACAGAGGAUGAGAUCCAGAUGAGUCGCCUGCGUAAACAGACCAUGUCCAAGAAGAACCUGCUGAAGGCCCAGGACAAGGCCAGGGACAUACAACAGAAGUCCCAGUCCAACGUCUCUCUGCUGGCCAAGAUCUUCAACAGCAGCAAAGCCAGGGACUGAACCUAGUCCGGCAGUUCUGGUCAAACACAGUAUCCCAGAACUGGUCUCUUUCAGUAUCACAAUUAGAGCAAACUUUUGCCCCUGACACUUGCUGGUGUUGUGAGCGACACUGAGAGGAUGGGCUCUGUCCAGACACACAGACUUGAGGGAAAAAUAGGGUUUUCUCCAUCAGUAUAAUUUGAUUAUAAAUGUAGGAGAGACUUGGACAGAUCCUCUUUCUGGUUUAUUGUAUUGUAAACUAUAAGCUAUGAUGCGAUAACAAUAAUGUUCAGCGCCAUGGAAAACACCUGCUUAUACUGUAUGUGCUAUUUGGAAACAUUAAAUGGAAAUCUCUAAUUA